AUGAGACCAACAUGGCAGUGGUGGGCCCUACUUUUUGCCAUUGACCUCUGGUACGAUGUUGUCUUUUCCGACCAGAUCAUCCCGGUUCAUACAGGGGGGACUUUUGGCCCUAGCUCCAGAGAGCCGAAGUUCAAAAUUGAAUUCCAUUCGCAAGACUCACCUUUCUAUCCUGAUGAUGAUCAGGAGUCUGUGGUUAUGCCCAACAAAAAUGGCGAAAAGUUUCACUGUUUUUUGCCUAAAGUGGAGAAAUCCAAGAGCAGAAUGCUAGUUGCUGAACAGAAUAUUAGCAGUAUGAUUGUGGAAUCUGAGGAACAUUUCAAAUUAAAGACUCCAGAUGAGCUACUUGAAGUUCUUAAAGAUCGCUGCUUUAUAAGGCAAGAAGGAUGGUGGUCAUAUGAAUUUUGUUAUCAGAAUAAGGUGCGACAACUCCAUUUCGAGGAUGAUAAGUUGGCUCAAGAAUUUAUCUUGGGCGUGUAUGAUGCUGAAUCUACAGAAACUAACAAUCAGAAUCUUUCCGAUAUAUCAACAUUGAAAGAUCCUCGUUCAAAAGAUGCCUCUCAAAGGUAUUAUUCUCAUCUGUUUACUAAUGGAACUCUCUGUGAUUUAACAAAUCAACCUCGGGAAACAGAGGUGAGAUUUGUUUGCUCAGAGCCCAGAGCUAUGAUAAGUUCAAUAACCGAGUUAUCAACGUGCAAGUAUGCACUCACAUUCCAAUGCCCAAUGCUUUGCCAGCACCCAUUAUUCCAAGAAGAAAGGCCAAUGUCGCACACAAUUCACUGUAACGCUCUCCCAAAAGAUGAGAAGGAACCAGAGAUCAAGGAAGAAAGACCUCAAGAUGGAAACAUAGAAAUGCAUACUGCUGAUGCUGAGUAUCAACCUCUUCUGUAUUCGGAACAACGUGCUACAUAA